AUGUCCCUUACGGCGUCCGUGCACUGGUGUGUCUCAAAAACAUACGCGUCCCUCGGUCUGAGCGCCCCUGCACCCACCGCGCGAAACACCUGCAAGCUCCGGUCCCGGAGCCGCGGGACCCCAGCUCCGGCGUCACGUGACCGCUCGCGGCUCUGUCUGCCCCGCCCCCUCCAGACACCUGCUCUGCGCUGCGCAUGCGCCUUGUCCAUAGCGGGCCUCUUGUCGCUGCUCCUGCCGCCCGAGGGCGUCCUGGGCGAGGAGCUGCCAAUGCCGCAGCCCAGGGCCGCCAGUUGGCUGAACUUAGACUCCAUCAAGAAGUACGUGGGGAAGCUCUUCAACAAAAGCCCGAAGAAAUCUAAAAACCACAAGAAAACUGCGAACGCCACGACCACGUCCCUACCGAAAGCCACUAAACCCCCUCCAUGGAUCGCCACGAACCCCCAGUGGCUGAACACCUCGAAACCCCGACCACCGACCUCCUCCCGGGGCCCCAGGUAGGACAGCCUGGACGCUUGGCACCGAGCCCGGGUCUCGGGGCAGCUUGGGUGGCAGCGAGAGGAAGCUCCCGGGGGCAGGCGUACAGGGAGAUACCAGCUCCUGGGGGGGCUUCUCCAGGCUGGGCCUUGGCCUCCAGAUGCCUCUUCGCCCACCAACCCCUUUCUGUUGAGAGGGGCAUCAACCCCUCACCAUCUCCUUAGUGAAAACAAUAAAGACAAAUUUCUGUUGC